AAAUUAUUUCUUUUCAAACAACAUUUAUAUGCAUCAUUUUAUGUCUAAAACAAAAGAGAGAUUUCCAUCAAAUUUUUCGAGUAUUAUAUUGUUAUUUAAUUAGUAGGCCGUGCGAAAAAUGCGCAAAGUCAAUCACAAGUGGAUUGGAAAUACAAGUGCAACGAGGAAAAAACGUAUUUAAUAAACAUUUAGGAAGGAAAAGUAGACGACAAGGAGGAUAAAGGAAAGAGAUAAUCAACGAAUAAUAUACGACCCCCACGAAAUGAGAAGAGAGAAGACCGUCUCGCGGUAUCACGUAUCGCGUAUCGCGCAGCUGAUCGUCUCCAGUGGAGGCUCUCAGUUUCUCUUCAAUCGCCGUGAGUGCAUCAUCAUCAGCGGAUGUGCGAUCGACACGAUACACGUGUGAAAGUUUGCCGUUCAUGUAUGUACUUCCUCACGCGCGAGGGCUCUCAGGAAGAAGCUACGAGACUCAUCGAUGACGAGAGCGCAGCUGUUUGAGCAUGCAACGAUGGUUACCGGCCUUGGACGAACCUACAUGCGGUAGCACCCUAUGCGUCAUCGGACGCCGUCGAAUGCCAUCGGGGGAUGCAUUCGAGUACCGGCGUUCGAGCGGCGAUCCCGCGCGAUUCCAGAAUCAAUUCCGAUGGUACAGAAAGACGCGCUUACGCCGUGUCGCCUACAAUCGAGCCGUAUGGGAUCGAAUGGGUAAGGUCAGAUUUGGGCGAGAUCUCUAAAUUCGUAAGCGGCAUCAUAGGCGGCAAGUCAGCAGCUACAGCUCAGCGAGUUAAUGCGAGAUGUUACAAAACGUCCAUCAGCUCCGGUUAUUCGAGCCACUCUCCGCUGUUAUCGGUCGGUUCGUGCUCUUAUUAUGCGUCAACGUCGACGAGAGAUCUGUCGUACGGUGGUCUGGCCGUGAUUCACGAGAACGAGACAGCUUGCGUACCGCAACCCAUUUGGCCUUUCGUCGCGUGUCAUCAGGCCGAAAAUAUCGAUUAUGAAGGUAUCUAUACCUGUCGUGUAUGCGGUUGCACGUGUAGCUAUUCGCCGCCGUCGUCAUCGUUGGCGUCAUCACCGCUGAGAUCUUCAGCGCGCGAAGUGUUGCUCGAAUUAUCUCGAACUCUCACUUCUAUGAUAGACGGUGGCAUUGCUGUAGCACCGGAAGAUAUUUUGCGCGAUAUCUCGCGUAUCGUCUCCCUCGAGAUCGGUCCAAGGAAUGACAAUUUAUACGAAUACGUUUAUCCUUCCUGGGCUUUCAACGACGAUAAUCUAUCGGUAUCACCGAGUUACAUCAAGGACGUACCGCCGAGAAUGAAUUCUGCCAAUUCUGAAUUAUACGGGUCCCGUGCUUUCUAUGAGAGUAACUCGGUGCGAUCCGCGUUGUUGCUUAAGAAUGAUAGAAUAACGAGACGCGAAAACAUAGAAAGGGAGUCUUGCGAAACGUCCAGUGGUCCAUACGUCCUUGACUACCUCGAUGGCAAAAAAGUUGGAAGUGAUUGCGCGAAACUAUCGUUUGGACCGGAUAAAGAUUCUAAGCGGUGCCAAAACGGAUUCACCUCGACCGAAUCGAAAUAUUCAACGCAGUUGGAUUACAGCGAUGUUGGCUCGUCUAGCGAAGAAACGAUCGCUUCGUCCAAUGAUUCGAAUCAGCGCUUGGCCGUUCAAGACCUAGAAAAGGACUUUGAUUUCACUCUCGACGUAACGCGUGCCGAGCGUUUAACUCGAACAAUCGCAAAAGCGAAACGGAAACGGCAAUGGUGCAGAGUCCUCACCACUCUCGUCGGCUUAAUUUUCUUCAUAUUAAGCAUCAUUGUCGUCUCGUUAUGCAUAACGAGAGGUCGUAAAGUGUUUGGAAGCAUUUAAGAGUCAAAGAUUUAUCUUAUCCGGAUGCAUUCCUUCUUAAAAAUGCGAAUCAUUCGCAGCGAUCGAUGCUCUUAAAAUUUCUCCUUUACUAAAAACCGACCAGUUGGAAAGUUCUGGGAAUCUCGGGUGUCAUCUGAAUGCGCGAUACAUUAUAUAUUUUAAUAGAUUUUAGAAUAUUCUACGAAAUACUUUGAUGGCUCUUUCACCAGACAUUUUGCGAUACAAAUACUCUCGUUUCAUAUGCAUAUCUAUUUCAGUACCUUAUAUAUAGAGAUAUGUAAUCUCGCAAUGAAUGGCUGUGACCAUGUCCUUACGUAUAAUUAAAUAUCAGAGAUCGUAUAGCAUUACGAUCGGGCUAAGUUUAAGUAAAUAUAGGCGUGGUAACGUUAUCAUUCUAUCGAUAUCGCGCGAUAAAGAGAAACUAAGAUCUAUGGAAGCUUUUCAGCAAGAAUAUUACACAAUUGAUUAUCGAAUAAAAAGAAUUCUCAGUUCACUUUAAAUAUCCUCUCUAUUCGAUAGACAAUUGCGUGACGGUAUCUAUCUAUAUCUACCAAUCCACCUGUGUUUUCUUACUGCAAAGUUCCCUACGUAACGGAUAAUUUUUGCGCGCAUGUGCAUCAAGUUAACACUAGUCCGACUAGUCCGCUCAGCGCGGCGUUGCAAGCAAAGACAGUGAAAACAUAAUAAAAACGUCAGAGGACGUAUAUGUAAGUGUAAACCUAUUGAAACGUAUAACCUUCGUAUCACGAAUACGAA